AUGGCCGGCUGGUCGCUUCGCGGGCUCCCCCAGAGCGCCGGACGCUCCUGGGUCUCCUUGCCAAUUCUCUCGACUUGGACGCUAUCGCUAUACCUUCUAUUGAAUCCUGUGACAGUCACGGCUCAGUCUGCAGCAGACUACUAUGUAAGCUCAUUGCCAGGGGCCCCAGAGGGCCCGCUGCUGAAGAUGCAUGCUGGGCAUAUCGAAGUAGACCCGGAGAACAACGGCCAUCUCUUCUUCUGGCACUACCAGAACCGGCACAUCGCGAAUCGUCAACGCACCGUUAUCUGGUUGAAUGGCGGUCCUGGGUGUAGCUCAAUGGAUGGCGCACUCAUGGAAAUCGGCCCCUAUCGUCUCAAGGACAACGAGACACUUGAAUACAACGAAGGAUCAUGGGACGAAUUCGCAAAUCUUCUUUUCGUUGACCAGCCUGUCGGAACUGGUUUUAGCUUCGUCAACACCAACAGCUACAUCCGUGAACUAGAUGAAAUGGCUAAUCAGUUCAUUACGUUCUUGGAAAAGUGGUUCGCUCUCUUUCCGGAGUAUGAGCGGGACGAUAUUUAUCUCGCUGGAGAGUCCUAUGCCGGUCAAUACAUUCCCUACAUCGCAAAAGCUAUUCAAGACCGGAACGAAAAACCCGGUGGAAGCAAAGCCAUCUGGAGCCUUCGCGGUCUCUUGAUCGGUAAUGGCUGGAUAUCACCUGCUGAACAGUACCCGGCCUACUUGGCUUACGCGUACGAAGAAGGCCUCGUCGAAGAGGGUAGUAAGCUCGGAAACGAGCUCGAAGUUUUACAAUCUGUUUGCAAGUCUAAAAUGGGUACCGGUACUCCAAAAGUGACAAUCAACGACUGUGAGGAGGUUCUGAACAAGUUACUAUCAAAAACCCAUGACUCGAACAACCAAUGCUUGAACAUGUAUGACAUUCGCUUGCGUGACAGCGCCGACUCUUGUGGCAUGUCUUGGCCCCCAGACCUGGUGGAUGUCAAGCCGUAUCUGCAAAUGCCCGAGGUUGUCCUUGCGUUAAAUAUUAACCCAGACAAGCGAUCUGGAUGGGACGAAUGUGCAGGCGAUGUGAGCCGCUCGUUUCGGCCACAGAGAUCCCCGCCCUCAGUCACUCUGCUUCCAGGAUUGCUCGAGUCAGGCGUUGAAAUUCUCCUUUUCAGCGGUGACAGAGAUCUCAUAUGCAACCAUGUCGGUACGGAGCAUCUCAUUAGCAACAUGAAAUGGAAUGGUGGCGCCGGUUUUGAGACAUCGCCGGGUGUCUGGUCGCCACGCCACGACUGGACUUUUGAAGAUGAGCCAGCAGGUUUCUACCAGAGCGCCAGGAACUUGACCUACGUUCUUUUCUACAACGCCAGCCACAUGGUUCCGUUUGACUACCCUAGGCGGAGCCGGGACAUGGUUGACCGUUUUAUGAACGUCGAUAUUGCCAGCAUCGGAGGCUCACCAGCGGACUCGCGCAUUGAUGGCGAGCCGCUCCCCCAAACGUCCGUUGGUGGACACCCAAACAGUACAGUCGCCGAAGAGGAAGAAAAGCAAAAGAUCAAAGAAACCGAAUGGAACGCCUAUGCCAAGUCCGGCGAGGCCGUUCUCGUUGUAGUCAUCAUUGGUGUCUUGGUCUGGGGUUUCUUCAUCUGGCGCAGCCGCCGCCGACACAGUGGCUAUAGCGGGCUGGCACUUAAGGAUUUGAGCUCCACUUCUGUCCUAGAUCGUUUCCACAACAAGCGCACUAAUGGAGCGGACGUUGAGGCUGCUGACUUUGACGAGUCUGAGUUGGAUGAUCUUCACUCGCCAGGUAUGAACAGGGAGCGCUAUGCCGUGGGAGAUGACAGUGACGAGGAGGCAAACCGGCAGCAGCAACAACCUCAGGGAUCCUCAUCUCGAGCUGGGGCUGCGCAGGGAGUCUAG